UGUAACAUACUUUGUUAAGGCAUCUCUUCAAUUAGUUAACUUAGCUACCUUAUAUAUAUACAUAAAUUGUCAUUCCAGUUGGACCAACAAAAAUCAGAAAAAUUAACAAAAACAUGAAGUUGAUGAAUUUAUCGUCGUGGAUAGCUCCGGCAAGCGGGAAACAGGCGACGGGGACGAAGAAACUACACGUUAAGGUGAAACCGCUCAAGCUCGAAGGAUUAGUUAUAAAGAAUAACGGUCAAGAUCUAGAGAAGGAAAAAUUAGUGGUGGUGGAGAUGAAAUGGAAGGGACCUAAUAGUCAUAAUAAGUUGUUUCUUCCAUUAAUUCAUAGAGGUUUUUUAAAUAAAUAUCUUCAAAGGAAUUUUACCAGUCAUAAGUUCUUGAACAAAGAAGAUAAUCUUGUUGAAUGGGAUGAAGAAUUUGAGAAUAUUUGUAAUUUCUUGGUUGAUUCCAAGAAUUGUUACUGUUCUUGGCGGGUGUCGUUCAAGAUUUUUUAUGGUGAGGAUGCAAAAUCAAGGACUAAAUUGACAAAGAUUGGAAAAGUUUCGUUGAAUAUAGCAGAAUUAUUGGCUUCUUCUUCAAAGAUUGAUGCUUUGGUAGAGAAAAAGUUACCAGUUCUUCUACAGAUGAAUGGUGUUAAAACCCAAGCUACACUCUCGAUAUUCAUGAGUUUUGCUGAAGUCAGAAAUUGUAUUGUAGCAUCAGAAAUCGUCCAAAACUCGGCCGAGUUGUGUCAUAAUCAACCAAUCACUAAAAUUCCUAAAACUCAAAGGUCCCCAACACUCCCCAGUCAGAAAAACAAACUAUAUAACUCAGUGAGUUCAUGCACCUCGAAAAACCCGACUCGGUAUAACUCAGCCCACUGGCCUGGAAAAAUGUAUUUAUCUAAAAGCAAGAAUGAGAGUUCAGACAGACAAUGCAACUCGGAACUCAUAGUUAAGUUACAAAGUAAGAAACGGUGGAGUUUCGCGUUGUCGAAAAGAAAACGAGAAUCUUCCAUUGAUCAGAAGGUUAAUUUUGAUCAGAAAAAUGCUGAAGAAAUGCAAUUUCCUGAUUCUCAAAACUGCAGUUCUUGGAGGGAAAAAGAGUUGGUAAGUAGAGAUGGGCAAACGAAACUUAAAGCCAACGUGUUCUUUGCUUCGUUCGAUCAGCGAAGUGAAAAGGCGGCCGGAGAGAGCGCCUGCGCUGCACUCGUUGCCGUCAUCGCACAUUGGCUCCAAUCAAAUCAAGACGCGAUGCCAACGACAUCACAAUUCGAUAGUCUCAUAGCAGAAGGCUCUUCGGAAUGGAGAAAGCUCUGCAACAAUGACUUUUAUACGAAUUCUUUUCCGGAUAACCACUUUGAUCUCGAGACAGUAUUGAGAGCUGAGCUUCGACCUGUCAACAUAUUGCACAAUAAAUCUUAUACCGGGAUUUUCAACCCGGAGAAAUUCGAGAAUUUAAAAGGAGCCAAGUCUUUCGAUGAGAUAUGGGAAGAGAUUGAUAGCAUCACCGAAGAUUAUGAUCAAAGAAUCUAUAUCGUGAGUUGGAAUGAUCAUUUCUUCGUGUUGAAGGCGGACUCCAAAGCCUACUACAUCAUUGACUCUUUAGGUGAGAGGCUAUUCGAGGGUUGUAGUCAGGCAUACAUCUUAAAGUUUGACCACUCGAGUUUGAUGUACGGAAAGGCAGCAAAAGAUCAAGAACUCGAGUCGCAGGAAAUAACAGCAAAUGCCUCGGAAGAUGAAGACGGAAGCGAAAAGAUUAUAUGCAAAGGGAAAGAAUGUUGUAGAGAGUUCAUUACAAGAUUUCUUGCUGCUAUACCAAUUAGAGAACUAGAAGAGCAAGAGAAAAAGGGUUCAGUUCCUACAUUUUCUCUUCUACAAAGAUUGCAGAUAGAUUUUCAUUACUGCUCUUCUACUUCGUCCUCUUCCGCUGCAUCUCCGAUUUCCUCUUUGUGCUCUAGCGAUGAAUGAACCAAUCGGUGUACCCGAAUUGUGUGUGUAUAUAUAGCAUCUAAUUCCAUUUUGCGCUGGAAUUAUUACAUAUCUCUUUAGCCACAGAUAGCUAAACAGAAAUGCCGGUAUAGAAAAUGCUGUAACAGAAAACGGCAAGAGUGUACUUUUUACAAGAAGGGUUAUAAAUUUAAAGUUUUGAAA